UCUGUCAAAUGCGGUGGAGGACAAAUGCUGUUACAUACUACGCAUGUGACAACAUUUGUUAUAUCGUUACUUCUAUUUAAUAUUGCAUAUUUAUUUAGUUAUUAGUUUGAUUAUUUGGAUUAGUUAACCCAGAAUGUCUGCUUACUUUAGUCUACUUUCACCUCAUUCUAAACACAUAUCCUUUCUUCAGUUAACAUAAAUGAAAACUGAGAAAGUGUAUUUUACAUUAAAUGACAUUGGACUAUUUCUUUAAAUUUUAUAAUACGCAACUGUCCAUUAGGUGGGGCUAUGAUUCGAUUGCCAUACAUAAACAGAAUGUGAAAUCUUAUUUUUUUUCAUAUCUCAAUACACUUUUGCCAACAAAUUGUGUUGCAACUGCGGAUAAAUUAUUCAACUGCUGAAUUGUUUGGACUAUAAAGGCCAAAUGUUUUUUUUUUGUUUGUUUGUUUUAUUUUUUCAGUGACAAAACGUCAGCAUAGACAUAAAAUCUAGUAUUGGUCAACUGUAGCCUAUGUAAAGUUUAGGUUUCAAGUAACAGAGCUAUUUUUAAUCCUACACUAGCUACUGAAGGAGAGGAAGGCUAUUAUUGGCAUAAAUGGGCGGGGAAAGUAAGCUGCAUGAGCGUUCACUGUACGUUUUUCCUGUCAUUGGGACUGUUGUGGCGGUCAGGAUGAUGAAGCUCUGACACAUCCGCUUCGAGGAUCAUCCCCAUGGCUAAUCUGCAGCUCUCAAGACUUGUCUGUAUCCUAUCCUAUUAGUAUCUGAUCUACUGUAUGCAUCUACAUCUAUUUUAAUAAAACUAGUAUCGUCAGAAAUUACUACAUAUAUUAAAUGAAACAUUAAGCUAUUUUUCACUGUGAAUGCGGGACCCAGUGGACCUGUGAUUAUAAUGAUUAUUCAAUACUUAUGAUGUUCCUUCAAGAUACACAGACAUAUAGUCAAAACGCAUAUAGUUAGAGAUGCUGCAGUUAAGCACAGUUACAGACUGUCUGCUGAUCAGUAAUGCCCGGUCAGCCUGUAGCAAUGAACUUAUCCAGAAGGAGGAGGUCACUCUUUGUAUUAAUGUUUCCAAGCAGCAACCCUUUCCCACUAUGCGGGUAAGCACUUUGCGUGUACCUGUAUAUGAUGAACCUCAAGAAGACCUGUACAAGUAUUUUGACCGCUGUGCUGACGCCAUAGCCAGUGAGGCAGAACGAGGAGGCCGCACUGUUGUGUACUGCAAGAAUGGACGCAGUCGAUCAGCUACUGUCUGUGUGGCUUAUUUAAUGAAGCACCAGGGUCUCACCUUGACAGAUGCCUUCCAGGUAGUAAAAGAUGCCCGAUCAGUAGUUGAGCCUAACCCAGGAUUCUGGACUCAGCUGGAGCGAUAUGAACAGGAGCUGAAGAUCAGGAGGUCGGCUAGCCACAGAUCUAACCUCUCUCCACUUUAAAUUCAUACCAACAUUUUCUGAUAUGACAUUCUCAAACUUCAGGGCUGUAUAAUAGCUAAGGCUUUAGUCAUGUCGCUCUUCAAGCUUGCUGCAAAUAAUGAAUGUCUUAUAAUAACAAUAAUAACGAUAUGUGCCUUAAAUGAUUAUAAAGUGUGAUAAUACUAUUAUAUUUUAAAAUAAAAAGGGAGUAUUAAAUAAAAAUAAUAUAUUUUUAAAUAAAAUU